UGGUUGAUUAGUUUCUGGGGAGGGCGAGAGAACAAGCUGCAGCUACGAAUCAAGAUUAUUACAGAAACGCGUGGCAUUUACGACAGGAGGGGCGCACUUGCAUAUCGCGGAGUAUUCGCAGGGUCUUUUAAAGGACCUGCACGCUGGUCUGCAUAAAUGGGGUGCUUCUUCUCCAAAAAAUCAAGGAGAAAAUCUAAAAAGGACUCUGCCUUGCCCGCUGGGAACGAGAGCGCUGCGGGCAAUGAGCUUGGCAGCAACAGCAACCAAGAGGCUCCAAAGCAAUACAGUUGGGACAAACGAGAAAAGGUCGAUCCUAAAGACUUCAUGCUGACAGGCCUCAAGAAUGAGACUGUGGGCCGGUUGCCAGGCAAACUGAAUGGCCAGCAGUUUGUCAUUCAGGACUGUGAGAACUGUAACAUCUUCGUAUUUGACCAUUCGGCAACUAUUAACAUCGACGACUGUGUGAACUGCUGUAUUAUGCUAGGUCCAGUCAAAGGCAGUGUGUUCUUCAGAGACUGCAAAGACAUCAAGUGUGUGGUGGCCUGCCAGCAGUUCCGCACCAGAGACUGUAAGAAAAUGGAUGUGUUUCUGUGUUGUGCCACCCAGCCCAUUAUCGAGUCUUCUACUGGCAUGAAGUUUGGCUGCUACCAAUACUACUACCCCGAGCUGGCUUUCCACUUUAAAGAUGCAGGCCUCAGCAUCUUCAAUAACAACUGGAGCAAUAUUCAUGACUUCACACCUGUCUCUGGAGAGACCAAUUGGAGUCUUCUACCAGAGAAUGCUGUUGUCCUGGACCAUAUGCCUCUACCGGAUCCUGAGUCGGAGUUCAAGUCUGUGAGAAUAUCUACUGAAGCAAGCCGAAGCAUAGUGCCUCUGACUAAAGGAGGACGGCGUAAGGAGAGUGAAGAGUCCUGCCUGUUUGUUUUCUUCACUGGAGACUACACCACUGCUAACGCCCGCAAGCUUAUUGAUGAGGUGACCAGCAAAGGCUUUGUCCUUAUUCAGACCAAAGAGGUUUCCAUGCGUCCUGAGGAUGUGAGUAGAGUGUUCCAGAACAAUGCAGAGAGCCUCACAGAGUUGAUCACCAAAGGUCCAGUGGUAGCCCUAGAGUUGAAUGGAGAUGGUGUGGUGGAGGCGUGCCGAGCCAUUGCAGACCAGGUGUUCAGUGGGACUAAGGUGUUUGUUUCCGAGAGCAAAAACACAUCCUCACGUGAUGUUGACAACUUUUUCAACUUCGCUGACAUGCAGAUGGGACUGUGAAACUGACGAAGAGAGUAAUCUUGCCUUAAUGUGGGAUUUGUAAAUUUUGUAAUUUCAGUUUUGUGACUUGAAUUGGAAUAGUUAAUUUUAGUUAUGCUAUGAAAAAGCCACUCAUCUCAAAGUUUGAGGGGAUUUCUAACCACUAUUUACUUUUCCAUACAAUUUUACUCUGUGUUCUGACAUGUCAUACAUGUCACAAUGUUGUACGGGCAUGUAGUCAUUUAUGUUUUUUGAAUGGAAUCAAGAAGGCAAGUGCCUUUAUAUAGAGAACAAACUCUAACAGAACUGGAAUUUUAGUCUAAUCAAACAUAGCUGUGGCCAUUUUUGUCAAAUAUGCUGAAAAUCAUAAAUUGAUUAUAUAGAUAUUUAUUUGUUUUUAUAUAGCUCUCUAUAUAUAAAUGCAUAGCUGGAAAUAAUGGUUUUUAUUCUGCUUGCUUGUAUACAUGUUUCCAUUACAUGUUUGUAUAGUUGUUUAGGUUGUGUAUACUGAGUGGCUGUACAACAUUUUAACCCACAAUAUUUGUCACAUGCCAGAAAGCAUUCAUUGUGGUGAAUCAGGUUUUUAUAUUUAAUGGAUAUAUAGACACAUAGUGUUAUACUUUAUUUCCUGUUAUAUCGGCAUGGCUUUUGACCAUUUAUUUGUUUCCAAAUUGUAUUUUUCAGUUGUUUUUGUGUAUGUGUGUGUGUGUGUGUGUGUGUGUGUUAGUACUGUUUUUUUUUUUUUCCCCUAUUAUAAACAUCAUAUUUGUCCUACAUGUUGGGUUUUUAGAUAACAACACUGUUAUCUAAAAAGAAUGUAAACAGUUCAAACUGGUUUGUUUAUCAAAUUGAAUUGAAUGUACUAUUAAAAGGUUUAGUUGGCUCCAUCACACUUCUCUGUUUUUGUAGGAAUGUUUUAGAGAGCACAACUUUCCUGUGACCAAAAAAAAAUAAAAAUAUAUAUACAUAUAUAUUUGUACAUUUGAGAAACACAUUGUCCUUUUCUUAAGUAUGAAUGGUUCUUAUUUGAAUGAGACAAUUUUGUGGUGUCGAACAAAAGCUGUGAUUUGUCAGUACAUUUAUAUUGGUUGAAAGUUCUGUCUCUCUUCUUCUGUAAAUGGACAGCAAGCAUAAAUUAAGGACUUGGAUUGUUAAACAUAAUUAUAUAACAUAAUUAGUGCCUUUUCUAGCCUUAUAGGGGCCCUAAGCAAACUGGGGGGCCCCUUAGGUAUCAUUAGCUGGGUCCCCCUUGGAGGCCCUAAGGUGCUGUUAUACCGCUUAUAACUAAAUGAUCCUGGAUAGUGAUAUGACUCGAGUUCAUAUUUGCUUGCACCAAACCGAUUACUAUUAUACUAUUACUGGCGAGUUACUAUAACUGGCAUUGCCAUGGGUGGGUAUUAAGUAUUUGGGUAUUUUAUUCCCAGCAAAUUUGUGUGAUUUAUUUAGUUAAUUUUGACCCUUUAACAAAAAGGUUUUUGCGCGAUGUGGGCAGGUGGACUUCAUUGCAUUUAUCGAUGAUUGGGAAGGUUAAUGUUAUUAAAACUAAUUGUAUUCCAAAAUUCAACUACCUGCUACAGUCUUCCCCUAUAGAUAUCCCCCUGUCUUAUUUCAGGCAAUUUGAUAGCAUAGCAAAGUCCUUCAUUUGGAAUGGGAAACGUCCCAGAUUACUUUUCAGUAAGCUGCAUAGGCCAACUGACAAAGGUGUUUAAUUUGGACAUUUAUUUAAAUGUUGCCCCGAGCAUAUGGCUGAACCCAAAAUUAUGUAUUAAUAAGUCCCCUUCCUGGUGGUCAGAGUGGAUUGUGAGGGAGGUUAAUACACUCGGUGACCUAUAUGAGAGUUGAGUGUUGAGAUCCUUGGUUCAACGUUUUGGGAUUCACAGAUCUCAGUUUUUUAGGUAUUUAUAGCUGCGCCACCUGCUCUGUCCUAUUUUUGGGAGCAGCAUACACACCCCUAAAGCGGCAGAUACUCUGGGUGUGGUGAUUACUGCUUUUGGAAAAGGUCAUGAGGCAUCAGUGUAUUACUCGCUGCUAAUUCAGAGUCUGGAGGACGGAGCUUCAACUUCUCUCAAGUGAUUAUGGGAGAAAGAUUUUAACUUGGUAUUGGAGGAGGGAGUGUUUGGCUAGGAUUCUAAAAAAUGUCAAGUCUGCAUCUAGAGAUGCAAGGGUGCGCCUUAUGCAAUUCAAGAUUUUACAUCGAUUCUAUUGGACCCCUCUAGAUUGUAUAGGCUUGGUCUUAAAGACACACCCACCUGCUGGCGAUGCCAGUCAGAGGAUGGAGACAUAACCAUGUCUUUUGGGGGUGUUAAGAUCCAGAAGUUUUGGUUGAAGGUUCGGAGUUUUGUGUGUGAUGUACUGGGUGUGACUAUCAUUUUGCCCCAGACUCUGUAUUUUGGGUGAUGGGGCGGUCAUCGAUGUUGAGAAUAGAAACAUAAAGAGUUGGGUCCUAACCAGUGUCAUGUUCACCAGACAGAUACAUUUAAGGGGAUGGAGGUCGGCUGGAGCACCCUCAAUUCAGGAGUGGUGCUUGGAGAUGGGGAGGGUGGUGGCCUUUGAAGAAGGGUAAUUUAGAAGACUGGAGAAGUUUAACUUGUUUGUGGAGAAAUAGGGCAGAUAUCUGACAUUUCUGGAUAUGUGAAUAUAUAUAUAUAUUUAUUUUAUUUGUGUGUGUGUGUGUGUGUGUGUGUGUGUGUGUGUGUCUAUAAUAUGUACGACCACUGGGAUGUUGUUGGG